AUGGGCUUUUACUAUGAGAUGCAUCGUGUUACUUGUAGAAUCCGGUUUCGGCUUAUGACCAUCCUUCAAUUCAAACAGGCUGCCGGCAGAAAACCUCUUGAGGGGACGCAUGAGAAGCACGUUGUUUACUACUUACUUGGAAAGAAACACCGCAUCAUCAAAGGCUUGGUAGGUGCAGUGAUUCUAUUGCUUUGCUUUUCAUUCUCAGCUCUACCUACCAUCUCACAUCAGCCGUAUCACGAUCCGCGAUUAUGCUACCAUCCUAUUGUUCGGCUGACUUCCGAGGCGGCGAUGACCUUCAAUAACACAUUGAACCGUCAAUCAAAGUCAUUGGACGAAGCAGUCGCACAAUACGAACGACGAUACAACUUGCCACCACCUCCUCAUUUCGAUAAGUGGUACGAGUUUGCGAAAGAACGAGACACGAUCCUCAUCGACCAAUUUGACACCAUACAUAACUCUCUACUUCCUUUCUGGGGUAUUCUACUCAGUACAAUUCGUUCGCGUGUGAGGGAAGAUCCGGGUUAUCCCUACAACAAGCUUAUGGGAAUCUCAAUCCGAAAUGGUAGACCCAUCUACUUAGGAAAUGGCCAAGGUGAUUUCCAGGGGAACGCUACAAUGAAGCAAUUCAAUAAAUUUGCCCAAUGGCUACCGGACAUGAACCUCGAAUUCAACGCCCACGACGAACCGCGAGUUGUUGUUCCGCACGAUGAAUUACAUGAGCUGAUCACCAAGGGCCAAGCAGCUGAGUCUCGAUUAAACAAGAGUCGAUCAUCAUCAAAUAACUACUCUGAUAUAGAAAUUGAGUCACCAAUCCCAGAGUAUUCCCAAAGCAGGUUCAUCGAUCUCGAACUACAAAAAAAAUGGCUCUAUCCCCGAUUAUCAUGCCCUCUUGACAGUGCAGCUAAGAACCUCGAUGGAAACGCACCUGAUAACACCAGCGCCUUUGAUUUUUGUACAAUCAAAGCGCAUUCAGCGAUAUCUGCAACAGUCCUUCACUUCGCCAUCAGCUCCAGUAUCUUCGAGUAUCCCAAUGCGCUGAAUAUCACCAACGAGCUGGUUCCUAUAUUUUCAAUGUCGCAUCCCUCUUUGUUCCAAGAUAUUCCCGUCCCUUCCCCGUACUAUUAUGAGGGACUCUCAGAUUUUGAGACACAAAGUGCUGUGGAUUGGGACUCUAUGAAAGCUCAACUUUACUGGCGCGGAGGAACGACCGGUGGAGUGAGUCUAGGUGGAUCCUGGCGUAAUCUACAACGACAGCGAGCGAUUGGAAGGUUAACAUAUGAUUCACCACCAUGA